AUGCCCGAAAUUGCCUUCGACCUCUACGACGAGCGCUGGCGGGAGUGUUGGAUGGCAGCGACCUCCACUGCCCGCUUGCGGAAGAAGCAGGUGGAUAUCGACAUUCAAGAGCGAGUGCAUCGAUUGAUUCAGGAGCACGGUCCUAACACAGAGAAGCCCCUGACAUUGCGUGUUUAUGGAACAAUGAUCAAGGGCUUCUGUGUUUUGAACAACGAGCGAGCUCGUGCCCUGUACUUUGACUCGGAGCGAUUGGUGCUCAUGUUUGCGCGCCAGCCAUUUACGGAGGACAAGAUCAGACUGCCAGCCGCUAAGAGGCAGCGGAUGGAGGCGGCACUGACGUUGGACUUGGAUCUGGCGAAGGUUGAAGCCUGUGAAACCUUCAACUGGACACAGGCUCCUUUGGAGGAAGGGGCCCUUUUGCAACUUGGUGGGGCUGCUGCUCAGGAUGUUCUCCCAUCGAUUGAGCUUGCAGAAGCCAUGCCACAGUUGCUGGAUCCAAAUGCCUCUGACCUGGCUGCGCCUAAAGCGGAGAUGGACUGGCUUCCCAGAUUCGAGCUGGGCCCUUUGGAGCCGCGAGUGGAAGGCGAGGGACGGAAACCGGAGGAGCUCGCCGACCCCCUGAUGCAGCUCUUGGGUGCUCCGAACGCAAUUGAAUUGCAUGACCCGCAGGCCUGUGGCCAGGGAGAAGGCAACGGAGAGGCAGUUCAAUCGCUCAAAAGAAGACGUGCAGAAAGAGUCGCUGCCGCGCUUCUCCGCCCAGGAUUAGUGUAUGGCUUUGACUCCGAUCCGAUGAUUCCUUCUCAAAAAGUUGCCGAUUGGCAGCUCGACGAUGACAGGCUCUGUCGAGCGCGGCUUGGGGCCGUGGACCAGGUUGAGAUAAUGGAAGAUUCCUUGCAGGAAGCUGAUCACUUCGGAUUUGGGCUGCGGCAAGUUGCAGAUCCCGACACGGCCUUUUACCACCAACAAGGAAUUGGAAGAGAUCAAGGAGAGCCUCCACAGGUUCAAUCUUUGCUUGGAGGAGUUUGUGAUUUCCCGUUCCCUGACGCUCAUAGCCACACUCAGCCUGGCAUGCAAACAUGGGAGCCCGAACAUGUGGACGACACACUCGGGUCCUGUGCUGCGCAGCAUGCAGAUUUGGACGUGGCCAUGCAUGAUGAUCCCAUGCCUGACGCCAACCUGGAGGUGCAGGAUGAUCGCACAGCAGAGGUCGGACAAAUCAUAUUGGAUUGCUUGCGGCGUGAUGGCCACAGCACUGAGUUUGAGAAAUUGGUCCCACCUGGCGAAGCUGACCGAACCACAGCAGCCUUGACAUUCACGGCCUUGCUAGCUCUUGCAAGCGCGGGCGACUUGUACGUGCAGCAGAUGCAGCCCUACAGCACAAUCGUGGUCGCUGAAUGCAAGUGA